GCAAGAUGAUAAUAGAAUUAUAGAACGUCAGUUAAACUUGGCAACUCGGAUCGCAAACAAGUUACUGCCGCAAUGCGCGAACUAGAAAUUCUACGAAUUUGUUUGAUUAUCGGUUCUCUAUUAUUGUGCAAUUGCUUUGCUAAUGCCAAGCCAUACGUUAAUGACUUUGUGUUUCCCUCUGAGGAUGAGCAAAAUAAACGAGAAUAUCCUCUUUGGGAGCCGAUCAAAGUUGAUCAAGGAACCGAAUCCAGUGAUUACAAUGGACAACGGGGCGUAUGGGUAACGAGCGAUAUUAAAAGUAUGGAUAAGUGCCGCGACUUUCAACUCGAUGAGUCUUCUGGACACGUUCGUUUGAUUUUUAUCAGUUACAAAAAAGUCUGCGAUCCUCUGGAGAGUUUAAAUAGGGCUCUGACUGAGGAACUCAAUCUUCCGGAACUUGUUUUUAGUGUCAAAGUUGUGAAGAGCGGAAAAAGUCGCUUAGUUUUUGAACUGCCAAAUGCCGUGGAUGCCUUUUUAACUCUAAAUAAUUAUUGUAAAUUAUGUCAUGAUCGGCAUAAUCUCACCUAUGAAAUUCUCAAUGUUGAGGGUUCUAAAUGAAUCAAAUAAUACAAGACUUAAAGAUAAUAAUAAUUUAAAAGCUUUUUCAAAAAUAUAUACUUCUGUAAGCUGGUUUUCCACCUGACUUUAUUGCUACUAAUUUCCCCGGUUAUUUUAGUCAAUAAUUGUUUAGAAAUUCUAUAUUACAAAUUGAUCUGUGCUGUUAAAUGAUGAAUGACGAGAUAGUGUACACCAUAUUUCUAUAUUAUACUCUAUGGUCGGGGCUUACCCUAUAAAAUAAUUGCCACUGAUUAUUUCUAAAUAUAAGAAACUAUUUAAGUUAUAAACUGAUGAUUUGCCAUUGUAAUCUUUAGCUCUACAAAAAACCGGAUAUGUAUAAAAGUUUCUAAAAAGGUCAAAACGAGUAGGAAUAAACAUUUAAGGGUUUGACUCAUCAAUUGACAUACUAAUGGGUUUAUAAUCAUCAAUAUCAAUAAAGCAGCGGGUAACCCCCCAAUAAAGUAACCUCAA